UUUACGACUAGGUACUUUCAAUACCUACUUCUAUUUACCUCAGCUUUCUAACAUCAAAAAUGAUGCUCACUCAGUUAAUUUAAGUAGUGUUAUAUUCGAUAACUGAAAUUCUGCUCGAGCUUUUAUCGCUAUACAAUAAUUGGUGUCCGAGUGAAGUGUACCAAUCAAGUGCAUACUCCAAGUAUUAAUAUUGCGUUAUCAAACGUUGAUCGGUGUCCAACAUCGCAACGGGCCGGUGUGUAUCGUUAUGUAGGCGUUGGAAGUGGCGACACGUGAAUGGACGGGAGCAGGAUCGAUACAGCGGAGUGCGCACGCCCGUCUCCACACAGCUGGCACCGCGGCCGCCACCGAACCGCCUCAACUCGCGUCUCAUUGCCUAAUUCGAGGUUUCUAAGUGCUCUGUUCCAUCACGAACAUGGUCUCCAGCAACAGACGGCUCUAAACGAUGUGAUGUGCCGCGUCCAAUGGCGGCUGGCUCUGUGGGCGCUAGCGCUGCUGAGUUCGCUGGCGCCCUCGCACGCCGAUGGGAACAUAGGUUGCUUAUUCGGCGCUUCGCUCUGCGUGAAAGGAGUCGAAUGGUGUUACGAUGAUUACGCCUUCGGGAGGUGCAUCCAGCUCUAUGAGGCACCGGAUGAGGGGGCCUUGUUCAAGUAUGACAUGAGCUCCGAUCAGCUGCAAUGGUUCGAGGAGCAACUACAACGGUUGGCGUCACGCGGAUACCGCUGGGAGCACGCGUAUACACAGUGCGUGCUACAGUCCAUGCUGUACACACUGCGGCAGAACCUAGAUCCAGAUAAUGUCAACGCAAAGAUCUGCGAACACUUUGUAGAUCCAAAGCUUAGAUCCGAAGAUCCUAAUGAUGAAGACGAUCUUGACAUUGAACCUGAUGAAACGGCCUUCGUCCGGUUUACUCCUAAUUCGGCUUUAGCUGAUUCGGAUUAUGCCAAUGAAGUUUACAACCCUCCAUUACUACCUGAUGAAGACCCUAUUGCGUAUCUAAUGGCUAAAGAUAAUGAAGAAGAAACUGUAAUGAGCGAAGAAAAUCCUAGCGAUAAAUUGCGAGAUUUAAUGUUGAUGAGCACAGGAGGAGAGUUACUAGAAAGAUUGCCUUUCGAAGGAUUUCGAGAAAGGAUUAAAGCUGAAAAAGCUAAAUCACUUCACAAUGACAACGAAACUCCUAAUACUGUGAUCCAAAAGGAUAAAAAAUCGCUAUCUGAGAAAAGCAAGAAUGAUGUGCAAGAAUCAUACACUGACGAAGAAAGAUUAGGUGCGCAUUUUCGUAAAAUUAAAAUAAAACCACCACCUUACACUGCUGAAUAUAUCACUGGAAAUAGAUAUUCACCAUUAGAUGCUGAAAUCCGCUCAAAUGCUUUGGAAAAAUACAAGCAAAGUUUUGCAGAGAAAAAUUUUCCAUUUGAAUAUGAGAAUGUAGAUAUUCCGGAGCAAAGGAUAUACAUAGAUGAAGAUAGUUUAGAUGAGAUUCCUUUUGACACUGGAAGCGGAGAAUUGGACCCAUAUCACCAAAAAGGCGGUAAUUCUAUGGGUCCUGAUGGCAAAACGUCUAAGAAUCUAAUGAAUUACUGGCGAGACAUAAUCGAUUCAAAGUUAAAACCACAAGGUGCUUUGUAUGCUGAAGGGGGGCCGCUAAAAGCAGAUGAUUUGCAGGGCCCUUUAAGCCCGAGAAGCUCAACACAGAAAAGAUAUUCGGAUCGGAUUGAGGGUGUUACAGAUACCGACGAUGUUUCAGGUGAAAAUUCCAAAUUUUACCCCGAAGAUUUUCAAGAUUUCCUUAAUUACGAAUGGGGCUUUAUGCGUAGGGAAAGAGAUGACGUUAAAAAGCCUGGGCCUCGCUUGGAUGCGAAAACUUUAAAGAUUUUAUACCACAAUAAUUCAGUGACAGCUCAUGGCUCCGCGAGCGCCCAAAAAGUAGGGACGGAACCUGAUCAUGACCAUAAUGACUAUGAUUAUGAUCCCUCCUAUGCUUAUGUGCUAUUCAAUGAUAGAUUUUUAACUGAUUGGAAUAAAGGCAUUUCGAUAAUAUCAAGACUUGAAGAAAUGCUUGGUUUGGAAAAGAACACUUUUACAAAUCCACGAGUUGAUCGAGGCGAAGUUACGUUUAAGGUAGAAAAAAAUGGUAAAGGUUACAAUGCCAUUGAUGUAGCUAGACGUGUUGAUGACAUAAAAGAAGAUUUACGUCGUGAAACAGGCGCUCAAGUAUUAUCUACGGGAGUUGGAGAUAGAAGUAAGCGUCCGGUGAUACGGCAUGUUGCUUCUCCCGAGGCGCUGGUCUUCGGUCUGGAGUGGCCGGUCCUGUUAGCUUUAGUGGGCAGCUUGUCCGUGCUCGUGGUUGGUGCGGUCGUGUUCGCGAUCCUAUUGAAGAAAGACUUUAACUCCAAAAGAAAGAUGCAGGGCCUUUCUACCGCCGCUGAUAUUGAUGCAGAGGCAACGAGAGAUUAUCAGGAGUUAUGCCGUGCCCGAAUGUCUGGCAAGUGGUCAGGACAGCAAACCGCAGCAGCACCCUCGCAUUCCACUGACCCACCACAACGCAUAACUUCGCUGUCGCGGGAGCCUGAUGCGAACUCGCCCUCGACGAGGUCUAGUACAUCAUCGUGGAGUGAGGAGCCAGCUUUAACCAACAUGGAUAUUUCAACUGGCCACAUGGUUUUGGCUUACAUGGAAGAUCAUCUCCGUAAUAAGGACCGUUUGGAGCAAGAGUGGCGUGCCCUGUGCGCGUACGAAGCCGAACCUUGUGCGACUACUGCCGCCCUGAAGCCUGAGAACACCGGCAAGAAUCGAUACGCUGAUGUGCUCCCGUACGACCACUCGCGAGUCACUCUCAACACGCUGUCCAACCAUCUCGGCUCCGAUUAUAUCAAUGCUUCGACUAUCACGGAUCAUGAUCCCCGCAACCCCGCCUACAUCGCCGCAGCCGGACCGUUAGCUCACACCGCUCCAGACUUCUGGCAAAUGGUAUGGGAGCAGGGCAGCGUCGUCAUGGUGAUGCUGACCCGCCUCACGGAGAACGGACAACAGCUCUGCCACCGAUACUGGCCCGAGGAGGGCUCUGAUUUAUAUCAUAUCUACGAGGUGCACCUAGUGAGCGAACAUAUCUGGUGCGAUGACUACCUGGUGCGAAGUUUCUACCUGAAGAACCAACGCACUGGGGAGACCCGCACAGUCACCCAAUUCCACUUCCUGUCCUGGCCCGAGAACGGGGUACCGUCAUCUACGAAGGCGCUUCUUGAAUUCAGAAGGAAGGUGAACAAAUCGUACAGAGGCCGAUCCUGUCCUAUUGUGGUGCACUGCAGUGAUGGAGCAGGGCGUUCUGGCACUUAUUGCUUGAUCGACAUGGUCCUGAAUCGAAUGGCCAAGGGUGCGAAGGAGAUCGACAUAGCGGCGACGCUGGAGCACAUCCGAGACCAGCGCACGCGCACCGUUGCCACUAAACAACAAUUCGAGUUCGUUCUCAUGGCUGUCGCUGAAGAGGUACACGCCAUAUUAAAAGCCCUACCAGCUCAUCUGCAACAGCUCCAAGAAAAGAAGGAGAAAGAGAAAGAAAAGGAAAAGGAAAAAGAAAAGGAAGGCAACGACAAAGAGAAACCGAAUAAUUGAACCAGCAGCGCUCCCGAUACCUACAUGACGAACCUUAUUUUUAUUCAUAGCCAUAGUCGAUGUCUUUCUGUGAAGCUCUGGAUUGAGAAUCCCGCAUUUUUUCAAAGUAGAUAUUUUCACGUUAAAAAAGUUUUAUAUCAGCAGUAUUUCGUUGAUUUACAUCGAGAUUCUCAAACCAGACACUGUUUGUCUAUUGAUUUACGCUUUUAGCUUGCUUUACUUAAAUCAUUUGCGUAUAUUUUAAAGGUCAACGUUAUACCUACUUAGUUUAGAUUAAAUUGCUUUGUAAUGGAGCAAGAAUGAAGGAAAACAUCUUUGGUCAAAAUUGAAGGUCGUUUUGUCUUCAGUUUAUUACUGCAGCAGCACAAACUUGUUACAGAAAAAUAAUGAUAAUGUAGAAAACCUAAAUUUAGUCGUUAUUUUAGAUGGAUAAAACACUGUUUUUUCAUAUUAGAAAGUACUGCGACGUAAUUUUUCUACAUAAUAGGGCCCAAAUUAUUUUAUAAAUGAAAAACUUUAAGGAAAACUGUUGACGUAUUAUUACCUAUUCUGUUUAUUAUUUUAGGCAGAUCAAACUUAUAGAUAGGUACUUAUUUUCGUAAGGCUUACAAUACAACACACAAUUAAGGUAUUUAUUUACAAAAAACAAAUAAAUGUUAAUAUUAAAUGUGGCUAUUCAAUUCAAGUUUUGAAAAGUUGAUGAGUGCUGGUUUGAUAAUAUUUUUAAAUAAUAACAGUUUUUAAUAUUCGUGGUUUGAGAAACCAUAAAAUAGUUACGCCAGCAAAUUUUAACUUUUAAAAACUUUCGAGUCAACUAUUUUGUAACUUGUCGUUUGCACCUAUGACUUGCCUAUAGCUUGUUUGCUAAUAUCACAGUCAAUUUAACGGUGUCUAAGAUUUCAUAAUGGUUAGAGGAAUAUUCCGUUACAUACCUACUUACAUUAUUAUAAUUUCUUUUGUACUACAGACUAUAUCAUUCGGCACUAAUAAAACCUACAAAACAAAUUAUUAAAACGUGUAAUAAAGUAAUAUAAUAAUUUAUAACGUGUUAUAGUUACGUUAAUAUUUUAGGAAAAAUAUAUUAAAUGCUUAUUUGUUUGGAUUGUACCUAAGUAGUUUUAUAAAAGCAUCAAUUUAUUAUAAAAUAUAAUUUAUUAAAAUAAUAUUAUUUAUGUCGGCCAAAAUUCAAUAGAAAUGUACCUACUUAAAUAUUGCUAAAGAUUUAAGGAAGCGUUAAGUUACAAGCAUUGUUGUUGUGCAUAAAAUGCACAUGUCUAUAAAUUGAGCUAGUCAGUGAAAAG